AAGGUAGGAUUGGCUUCCUGGAAGACUGGAAGACAUUGGAUUUUCGACCGAGGCCAGCAGGCCCAUAGGCCUUACAAUUAACAUUCUAUUAUCAAGUUCAAUACGCACCCCCGAAACCAAAGUGAACUCCGCAGACCAUCAAUAACUCGAACAAGGAAGUAGGCUAGCCUUAGAUUUCUGUAUCAACGACUUUGAUAACUUUAUAUCCGUUGGUGAGUAGGCAGCAGGCUUAGCACCCAGCAAAAAGAAUAACUUGCCGAAGUGGGCCAAAUAAUUGAUUGUUUUAAAAGCUAGGCGUAAAUAAAGGUCCUGGACGUCUAGGCCUAAUUUGUCAUAGAGAUCCGGUUGUUAGAUCUAAUCUAGACUCUACUACUCUAAUCAAAUCUACUUGUUUAUUGUGUAUUGACUCUCCCUCCCUCCUUCACCUUGACUGGCCUCGAUUCUUUGACUGUCUGAAGAGCCCCGACCCACAGGAAAUGGCAUCUGAUUAUGACCCUGGAAUAUUGGGUGUGGUCGUUCCACAGAAAUGCAGUUGUCAGUUUCUUCUUUCGGGAACUACAAUUGUUCAAUCUGGAUGGUUGAGGAAGAAAAGCUUAAGAAACAAAAUACAACUGAAGAUUUUUAAUUGGCCUCAGAUGUUUGUGGUAAUAGCUGAUAAAUGUCUAUACUACUUCAGCAAUGAAUUGGCUAAAAAGCCUGCCGGUGCUGUUUCUCUGUAUGGCUUUAACAGAAUCAUCAGAUUUAGACAGGAACAUCCAAAUGAUCCAUCCUGGGCUUUCAAACUCGAGCAUGUUCAACCUGACAUGCGUUCUUUCUACUUUGCAGCCUCAUCGGAACAUGAAUUGAUUAAAUGGAUGAAGGUUAUAAAGCAAGAGAUGCUAGUGGCCAACAAUAGAUCUUCUACACGUGCCAAAGCACCUUCUUCGGAUGGCAUUUCCCUAGCUUCAUCAGGAUCUUUUGGCUCAGUGGAUUAUCAUGAUAUAGAAGCCAGUGUUUACUAUGAACCCACUAAGAGGAGACCAGUUUCAACUAUAUCAGACUUCACUUCUAAUGCUGAAUCGGAAUAUCAUGAGGAUGUCAUGUUUGAGGAUUCUGGUGAGUUUGAGGAAAUCUCAGAACCAAGUGAUUCACCGCCAAAAGAAACCUUUAUGGCAUCUCUGGUCCAGGGGUUGAAGGAAAGACAACUUCAAAAAGAUGCAGUUUCUCAAGGGUAUUGCUUGCAGACUGUUCCUCCACCAGUCUCAGAUAAUAGGGAAACGCAAACGUAUUGGUCAUCUGUUCGUUUCCAUGGGAGUAAAGAAGAGGCUUCAAAAGCGAUGGCACCAGUUUCUGAAGAUGGCGUGUAUCUUGUGAGGAAAAGUGAAGACUUGUCUGAUGUACUGUUGGUUCGCAGUGGUAGCAACUCAAGGAAAUAUCGGAUAUUUGUCAAGGAUGAUGGGAAACUGACACUGAGCCCGACCUCUCCUUGUUUUGACAAACUGGAACAGCUCCUGUUCCAUUAUUAUUCAAAUGAUUUGCCUAACAGUGUUCUAAGACUCAGUGCGCCAUACAGCAUUUAUGUGGGGCAGUCGGAUUAACCGUGCCUACUCUUCACCGGUUUUGAUACAUGAUAGGUUGUGAUCAGCUCAAAAGGAAAAAAACAAAAACAGACAGUGCUGUCCCAGACUUCACUGAGUGUUUUGAUAAAAGUUUCAUGAAGUAAUCGGAUGAGGUUCAUAUGUCUCUAAAGAUUUGUGGUUUAAUGACCUAAGUUUCUUGAAUUGGAACUGUUUUUGCUUUUUAAAUUCAUUUUGGUACCACCUUUUGGUGACUGUGUGUAUUUGAUUGACCUAGUUGUCACAUGCUGUUUACUUUGAUUUUCCAAAUUGAAGUCUUUCCUGUUUAGUAAAAUUUCCACAAUGAGACGAAAAAGCAAAUGAAAAUGCAGAACGGGGAACAUGGAAAGUCAUUUGGCAGUUCUGCAAGUUAACAUAAAUUGUGCAGAGCUCAAAGAUGGAGAAUGAUCUGUUACAAAGCGAAUGUUUUAAAAUUCUUUUAUUAAGAGGAUUGUUUGCUGUGCCAUGGACUGUUUAUGAGACCCCUCAAAUAUUGAGCAAGGAGGAAAUUUAAGACUUUUGUCACUUUAUUGUAAUUUUAUAUUCUUAUUAUUCUGUCUUUUGUGUACCCUCAGUUAGUUUUAACAUUUUAGGGAUCACAGUAAAAUGCAAAAUUAAUAAGAGUACAUUCAAGAAGAAAAAAAAUUUAUUAUAGGAUGAUUUUCCCUUUUGAUGUCAAAUUUCAAAGACAUAAUAUCUUAUUGUACUUGAAUACUCCAUUGCCACAGGCUGUUGCCUUUGGAGGUGUUAAAAAGCUUUACGCUUCACUGAUGCAUGUUUUUUAAUGCAAUUUUAAUACAAUUUUUGGACUUUUUUUUGGUCUCUUGCACUGGUUAUGCAAAGUUUCUUCUAUUUCACUCGUGUCUGAGAUGUUACCACAGACUUGUACUGGUAUGCCAUGCACUGUCAUGGCUGUUACUCUUUACUCUCUAUAUAAACUUGACUGGGAAGUGUGCACACCAUGGCCCAAGUUAUUAUGUCCAAUUGAAAGGCAAAAGUGCCAAGUGGGCAAAAAAAUACUAAACCCCCCCCCCCCCCCCCCAAUCAUUUGCAGUUAUGUAGUGCAUACUUAAAAGGAGUGUGGGCGGGCAGGUGGGCUAUCUUGUCCCACUCAGAACAAACAAGGGUAUCCUACAACGUCACCAAACUGUCCCAUCCCGACAUAGCAAAACCAACGCCUUGUGCAUUAUCUUGAAACGUGGUGGGCAGCAGAUAGACUCUGUGUACACUAUUUAAUUUAUGCCCACUGGCUAGUCUUUGACUUGUAGAAGCAAUAAAUUUGUGUAAAUUAACAAGAUUAUUACCAACUCUCAUAAUAUGUCAAAUUCAAAGGAGAGGGUAACAAACAAGAACAGAGAAUUGUCUUGCCCACGGAGAAACAACUGCUACCACAGCUGCAGUGACUGCCACAACUUCUACUUCAACGACUACCACCACCACCAUCACCACUGCUAUUAUUAUUAUUAUUAUAAUUAUUAUUGUUAUUAUUGUUAUUAGUAUUAUUAGUUUUACUAGAUUUCUUUAAAAAAAUUAUUGUUUGUACUAUUGUUGCUGUUACUGCUGUAGUAUUUAUUUGUUAACUUUUAUUGUUACUAUUAUUAUCAUUUUUAUCGUUGUCAUAUAGUGGAUUCUUUUGUAUGUGCUGGCCAUCUUUUUGCUCCUCCUAAUCGAUGGUUAGUGAAAGACUCUGCCAGCUAACAUUCAUUUUAAUUUAUCGCUAAAAAACAGACCUUAAUGACGACAAUAACAAC